CUACAUUACAGCAAGAAGGGCGAUUCUGUGUUUUAAAGUGCGCUACACUGUCUUCCGCUUAGAACGGUCAACGUGGCUGUUCUGCUAGUGUUGGUUUGUACGUGUGUGUAGUCGUAUCAAAUUGUAAACUUCGAAACGAACAUGUCUAAACAGGUGCAGUGGCCGGUGGUUAAGUGGUCCCCGUACGACGAAGAUGUGUUUGCAGUCACCGGGAGGGACGUUCGCUUAGUACAGUUUAAGGCGCCCUCUGACACAGAACGGGAUGUGAGUGUAUAUGCUGUGGCCGACACAACUGUUGCUGAGACUUCUACGUCCAGAGUAUUGGCUACAAACCGGUAUCAGACGGGUAUCUCGCGGAAGCCAUGCCUCGAUUGGAUGCCGGAGCGGGGCUUCAACUUGGUGGGUGUUCCCUUAAUCAAUGGCGACAUUUCAUUGUCAGUUUUACAUCCCACACUUUCUGCCGCAGAUGUGAUACCUGACUUGCAAGAGAGUGUCCGAACAUCGUCUUCAAUGUUGGAGAAAGCGGACGGAGUGGGCCAUGGAGCGACUACUCAUGCGAGCGAUAACCACAACGGCAUACGAGAAUCACAGGUCUCGCUGAGAAAGGCUCGUAGUAUCGGUAAUGUCGCCACCCAAGCUGGUGGUCCUAGUACUGAAGGCCGGCGGAUUGACGAGGAUAAGCAGAAUCAAGUAGCUCUGCUUCAGCUCCGCAAUAGUCGGUCCUGUGUCGCUAUGCAAUUCAAUCAGAUCUAUCCUAAUCUGUUGGCUUGUGGAUACGAAAGACAUAGGGGAGAUGCCGGACUUCUAAUUUGGGACAUCAGCAAAGUCUCAGUCGUAUCAGAGGGUGCGAACGACAGCACAGCCACACAUGCGGUAGACAGGCAGGGCCGGAAGGACCGGAGACUAUCUCGCGCAGCUGAGGUGGGCUUUGUGGCCAAAUUCGAUACAGGGCUGGAUAUUCCUGAGAGUCUCCCGCGUAGUCAGUCAUCGGACAAUGUCAAAGGCACGAGCGAUACUCCCGCCUUUAGACCCAUAAGUCACAGUGAAGCGGUCAUAUCUCUUGCUUGGGUGCCUCACACACCACAUGUAUUGAUGGCGGGAGUGGCUGGGAGGCAUCUCAGGGCAUACGACGUGAGAGCGGCUUCGGAUAAUCCAAUACAGUCUGUGGGCACGCGCGCGGUGCACAAUCUGACAUUUGAUCCGUACAGGUCGCAUGUCUUUGCGUCGAUCUCGGAAGUGGAGAGCACUGUCAAAGUGUGGGACAUGCGUUCGAUGGUGGAUCCGGUGAUGACUAUUCAAACUGCGCUGCCCGCCGUUUGUAUGGAGUGGUGCCCAACAAGGCCCGGCUAUCUCGGAUGCUUGAGUCGUAACAAUCAGCACAAGAUUGAGAUUUACGAUAUCAAUCACGCUCGCAUCGACGAUGGGCUUCGAUCGGGUGGCACACGCUACGCUGUAGCUAAGGUGCGUCCCAAGCAAAUGCGACACACCGCUUAUGAAUUGUCAUCCUUCCAUUGGCACCCGCACACACCGGGACGUUUGGUGACAAUCUCUCUAGACGGCGUUGCGGAGAGCACUCGGGUGUGUGAUCCUAGCCCAAUAGGCUUUCCCGCGGCUAGUGGUGGUGUGGAUUGGAUUACCAAUCAAGACAUAUUGUCUGCCAGCCCAUUUAAAGAUGGGACUCUUCCUGGGCGCGCUACACCGAUUGAUCUGACUUCAACGCUAGGAGAUCGACUUGUACUAGGUAGUGAUGGGGGUACACCUUUCUCCUGUGAUCGGCGCAGUUCUCUCCCGCUCGAUGCUUUUUCCGGCUCCUCCGCCACCCCACUACCGACCGAGCUCACAGCGCAAACAACGCUUGCCCGAGAAAUCAUCGAUACACUGCGAUCCGAUCCAUCCAAUGUCAUUCACGAGCGUGCCCUCAACGGAUACGGCAUGGAUCUCGCUUUGAAUAUAGCACUGACUCAAGACGACCCCCAGUUGCAAGCCUUGUGGAGUUGGCUCUCUGACGUCGAAGUGAGUAGCGCAGCUGCCGGCUUGGCUGCUCAUGCGCCCACUGCUAAGACAGGCAUGGCCAUAACGUCCAAGACCGUCCCGGUCACCUCCUCGCCGCACACUAUCCUGGCUACACAGCUGAAGCGGAAGGCCGAUAUGCAAGCGGGUAUUGCGGAGCUGCUGGGUGACUGGCCCCGAAUCCCGCGAGACCAGGUGCAGGCGCAGCAGUCGCAACUGACAUCAACACACAACAUGACCUCAAAGUACGGAGGACUAACUACAGCCCACCACGAAGUGAGCGGUGGCGACGGCGACGGGCACCGGUUUUUCCCGGUCUAUCGGAGUAUGGGUAGACAGGCUGUACAGGAAUUAAUGGGCUGGCAUUUUGGAAUGGUUUCGAAUCCUAUUGAACCAGUGCUACAAGCAAUGGAAGAGGAAACCCACAAUGAGAAGGCGGCUGCCUUCAGUGUCUUCCACUGCAACUUGAUGCGCGCAUUAACAUCGCUGCAGUUGAAAAUUGACGAGGGAUAUGAUAGCCCCGAACUUCAACUAGCCAUCAUGGGCUUGUCGGGCUACACUGACAACCGUGACAGUAUAUGGCGGGAGUGGUGCAGCGGUUAUUGCAGUCGGAUGCAAGAUCCGUAUCUCCGAGCGUGUUUCUACUUCCUCACAUCCAUGGGCCCACCAUUUACUGAUGUGCUAAGCGAAACUGGCAUGCGGCUUGAAGACCGUGUAGGAUUCGCAUGUCGCUUUCUCCCCGAUGCUGAUUUACACAGAUAUAUUCAGGAGACAACCGAGUCGUAUAUACUAGAUGGUGAUCUUCGAGGUAUCGCUUUGACGGGGCUAACAUCUGUCCGCGGGAUGGAACUGUUAGAAAGGUACCUUGAGCGAACGGGCGAUGUGCAAUCCGUGGCCUUAGCCGUCGCCCAUGUGCACUCGUCCGUUCAGACUGACAGUCAAGUGAGCCCGGAUGGUCCAGAUGGUCGAUGGGGAAAUGCGAGGCGGAAUUCAGAAGCCAGUGCAAACUCCGGUACACAUCCAGAGCAAUUUGCACCGUAUAAGCCGAAAUACGAAGAGUGGGUGGACACAUAUAGAGAUAUGCUAGACCGUUGGCAGAUGUGGGAGGAGAGAGCACUUUUCGAUGUGAAGCGUAACCUGCUGGUUACCGAUAGAAGCUCAACUAGUUUCCAAAUGUUUGUCAGGUGCAAUCUGUGCAAUAAGACGGUACAACGAUCAUCUAGUGCGAAUGCGAACUUUCAUGGCCAACAAUCGCGUGCAUAUAACGCCAUGGGUGUUGGCGGUUUAAAGGCCAAUGUAUGCCCAUCGUGCCGCAAGUCUCUACCGAAAUGCUCACUCUGUCUGGUUCCGGUAGGAACUCCGUCCACGGGCGGCAAUCCUGCGGUAACCAACAACAAUAACAUGCACAGCCAGAGCGGCAGCAAUCAAAUGCCGAUCUCACCGAGCUUGCACAGUCGCACACAGCUCAGAGAGUCAGGCCAGGGUGGCAGUGGGGGACUCGCUAUGGGUACAGGAGGUCUACUGCACAGUGCCAGUGACCAGGUGAUCGAACGCAGGAUCGCGCGCAUGGCUACCGCACCCCCGUCGUUGACUGUCAAUAACCACAAAGCAGGUACCAACGGGACGAUGCACGGGAUUGGUUCCACACCCACCUCGCCUGCAAAUAUUAACAUGAAUGCCAUGCAGAAGCAGACCUCGAUAAACAAGAACUCGAACAGGCCGGAUGGGCCGAUGACUGCUGGUAUCGGGGUGGAAGGUGCGUAUACCAAAGCGUUGCAAAAUCCGGCGAUGUCGCCCCUUUCUCUGUGGUUCAGUUGGUGUCAGAACUGUCGCCAUGGCGGCCAUGCUGGUCACAUAACGGAAUGGUUUUCUGCUCACGAUGAGUGUCCUGUAUCAGCCUGUGAUUGUCAUUGUAUGUUGCAAGACGGUGUCACGAUGCGAUGAGCAAGGGCCUGAAUGCUUGUCAUCCCAUAAUGGCCUGAAUGCUUGUCAUCCCAUAAAGGCCUGAAUGCUUGUCAUCCCAUA